AUGACGCAGGCCCACACCCGUAGCUCCAUAACCCAUAAAGGUCUUCCCAAUGGCGUCGUUGCUCCCAAGUUUAUCAUAGUCAAAUACUGUGAUGACAACCUGUACUUUCUGAAAGAAAAAAAAGGGAUAAAAUGUCUAAAGCAUUUUUUGAAAAUACAGAAGAUGAAGCAUGCCACUAAAACAAGGACCACCACAACAAUGGCUGCCACUGCCCACAUAGGAACUGUAGAAGAAGUUGUAGCCCCCCUUGACGUUGAAGAUAUCAGAAUACUUGGACAGAACCUGACCAGUAUAACUCUGCUGUGGACAAAAGUUGAUGGCAUCAGUAACUACUUACUCGUUUUCAAUGGAACCCAAACUGAAAUUCCUUACUCAGAGAAAAACAUAACACACACAGCCACAGGCCUGGAGAGUGGGACCAAAUACAAUUUCACUCUUUUUACUGUACUCAACGGCACCAGAAGUGAAGGAAAAAGCCUCCCUGCAGUCACUGCUCCUGGUGAUGUUGAAGGCUUCAGCACCGAUGGCCAAAAUGACACCAGUAUCACUCUAAAGUGGAAAAAAAAUAAUAACAUAGAUAUUUAUACUCUUCAGUUCAAUGAACGAAAUGAAAACAUAUCGGCAAAUUCUGAAACAUACACAGUGUCUGGUUUGACAAGUGCAACUAGAUACACGUUUACUCUCUUUGCUGUGUUUGAGUAUGCCACCAGCACUCCUGGUGAUGUUGAAGGCUUCAGCGCCGAUGGCCAAAAUGACACCAGUAUUACUCUAAAGUGGAAAAAAAUUAAUAACAUAGAUAUUUAUACUCUUCAGUUUAAUGAACGAAAAGAAAACAUAUCGGCAAAUGCUGAAACAUACACAGUGUCUGGUUUGACAAGUGCAACUACAUACACCUUUAGUCUCUUUGCCAUGUUUGAGUAUGCCACCAGCAGUGGAGCUGUCCUCACUGCAGUCACAGCACCACAAAAUGUUAAAGAAUUUAAAUCUCGUGACCAAAAUGAAACCAGUGUCACCGUGCAGUGGAAAAAAGUGGAUGACAUCAAUACUUACACUCUUUUGAUCAAUGAAAGAGAAGAACAUUUUACCCUUUCAGCAGAAAAUGGGACAUACACGGUUAAUAAUCUGAUAAGUGCAACUGGAUACAUCUUUAGACUCUUUGCUGUGUUUGAUUAUGCAAAAAGCAGUGGAGUUUCCAUCACUGCAGUCACAGCACCACGAAAUGUUGAAGAAUUUAAAUCUCUUGACCAAAAUGAAACCAGCGUCACUCUGCAGUGGAAAGAUGUGAAUAACAUUAGCAAUUAUAUUCUAUUGUUUGGUGAAAGCAAAAUAAACGUGACCACAUCUGCAGAAAUGGGGACACACACAGUCUAUUCCCUGAUAAGUGGAGCUAAACACAAUUUUACCCUCUUCACUGUGUUUGAAUAUGCUAGUAGCAGUGGAGUUUCCAUCACUGCAGCCACUGUUCCUCCAAUGGUGCCUUCAGUCGAUCAGACCGAACGCUCCCUGACCAACGUAACUCUUGAAUGGGAGAUUAUGAAUCAAGACUGGGGCUACCAGGUUCAAAUCCAUGGCAAUAAUGCAUUUAUUGAAUCGACAUCCAAGACAUCACAUAAGGCCUCAUAUUUAGUCUCAAGACUCAAUCCUGGCACAGUUUAUAAUUUCAGCGUGAUCACAAAUUUCGGUGGAUUAAACAGCACUGCUUACACCGAUUUCAUUGUAACAACUAUAGACUGUGCCAGUGGAAAGUGGCAGGUCACUAACUCUACAAUUCAAGGAACAAUUAAAGGCGCGUUUACAAAAGCAACUGUUUCAAAUGAAUCACAUGGUGUAAUUUCCACUAGUACAAAUGUGUUAUUCACCGGCCUGUGCCCCGGUACAACCUAUGGAGUGUCUCUUCACUAUGAAAGACAAUCCAAAUCUUUUCAACAGUGUUCACACAAGGUAACAAUCCUUCCUUCCAAUUUAAAAGGCUACUGUAAGUACUGGGGAAGUGGUUAUGCUGCCCGCAUCAUCUGGGAUCCACCAAAUGGUGUGUGGACAACCGUGCAGGUGAACGUUAGCGGGAAAACUUUUGACAUAAAUGGAAAAGAGGACCACUUUAUCCUACAUGAACUUAAACCUGCAAAAAGAUAUAAAGUGUCGCUUGGUCUACUAUCGGGGACAGAAAGGAGUGCUGAACCAUUUGAGUUUUCCUGUCUCACAGAUGACAGAGGAGUCAUCGCAGGGGCCUUUUUUGCUGUGGUGCUUUUCAUUGCCCUGGUCUGUGUGGCUGUUUUCAUUUACCUAAAACAUCCAGAAAAGAUCAGCAGGAAACAGCCUGCUGGUGGAUCAAAACAACAGAAAUCAAAAGCAAAGGCUAUUCCUGUGACUAAGUUUUCGUAUCACUUCAAUCAGUUAAGUCUGGAUGAAAACAGAGGCUUCAGUGAAGAAUAUGAGGGUCUCUCCUCUGUUGGCACAGACCAGACAUGUAAGGCAGCCAACCUACCUGAAAACAGACCCAAAAACCGUUUCACCAACGUUCUGCCAUAUGACUGGUGUCGAGUGAAACUCAUCACAGCGACUCCCAGCGAGACUUUAGACUACAUUAAUGCCAGUUACAUGCCUGGCUACAACAGCAACAGAGAGUACAUUGCCACUCAGGGUCCUCUGCCUUCCACAGUUAAAGAUUUCUGGAGAAUGGUUUGGGAACAGAGGGUGAAUUGCAUUGUCAUGGUAACCAACUGCACGGAGGGAGGGAGGACCAAGUGUGAGCAGUACUGGCCUCGAGACUGCAAGGAGUGCCUUUAUGGAGAGUUGCUGGUCACUGUCCAAUCUGAACAAGUGGAGUCCAGCUGGACACUGAGGCAGCUCACUGUGAAACAUAACGAUACCUCUGAGGAACGCACUGUGAAGCAUUUCCACUUCACUGUCUGGCCUGACCAUGGAGUCCCACAGGACACUGGAGUCCUGAUCCAGUUUCGGCAACUUGUUAGAGAGCACAUAGAGACAGACGGGGGCCAAGCACCGACUGUGGUUCACUGCAGUGCUGGAGUGGGGAGGACGGGCACCAUCAUUGCCCUGGAUGUGUUGCUCCAGCAGCUGGAGAAGGAACAAGCAGUGGGCAUCAAUGCCUUUGUACACAAGAUGAGACUGAAUCGACCAUAUAUGGUGCAGACAGAGUCCCAGUACGUGUUCCUGCACCAGUGCAUCGUGGACACCCUGCAGCCUCACCAGAAGACUGAUGAAAACGUAUACGAGAACUCGGACGUGAUAUACGUUAACGCCACUGCGCUCCGGGAGCUCCCGUCCUCGUCGGCAAAGCCCAGCUGCAUCAAACAGCUGAAGCGCCUCUUCAAGGAGCCCAGCGUGAUCUGCAUGACGUUGUGGGCCCUGGUGUGGGCCUCGUUGAACCGGACCUCCUUGUUGUUCGCAGGCUUCAACACAGGAGUCAACACGUGCUUGCUGGGGUUGUAG